AUGCCAAGUUGUAAAGUAUGCGGGAAAGGACACAAGGGUGAGUGCCGGUUUAAGGACAAGCCGUGUCCUAUUUGUGGAAAGACAGGACACACGGCUGCGUUGUGCCCGGGGAAAGUGUCGGUGUGCUACAAAUGUUAUCAGCCAGGUCACAAGAAAUCUGAGUGCCCGGAGUUGUUCGGAAAGAAGGAUGACAAGAGUACGCACACAGAGGCACCAAAAGCAAAAGCAAGAUCCUUCCAGUUAACAGCAGUGGAGGCGAAAACGGAGCCCGAUGUGGUCUCCGGUAUAUUUGCUAUAAAUUCAAUUCCUGCACAUAUAAGCGUAGACGAUGAGGAAUAUCCAAUAGACUUGAUUCCUAUGUCCAUGGGAGAAUUCCAAGUAGUGGUCGGGAUGGAUUGGCUAUCCCGACACCAUGCGAAAGUCGUAUGUUUCCGCAAGGAGAUAAAAUUAACAUCUCCAAGUGGGAAAUCGGUUACCAUACAUGGCGAGAAAGAGGGUAAACCUAUUACGUGCUCAAUGAUAGAAGCUUACAAGCUCAUGAGGCACGGUUGUAGGGCAUUCAUGAUAUAUGCAAAUGAACCAGACAAGGGGUCACUAAAGAUUGAAGACGUACCGGUGGUACGCGAAUAUGCCGACGUGUUUCCGGAAGACCUACCGGGAAUACCGCCAGAACGGGAGGUAUAG